AUCGAGGUUGCGUCAGAGCUCCGCAAAGCGUCGGGUAUUUCGCCGGAAUAUUCUCUCUCGUGCGGGACAGUGACGAAGUGGGAGGGGCCCAGCCUCGGAGCCCUAUAAAGGGCGUUGGAAUCUCUCCAACCUCAUCGUUGCUGCCCUGCUGAAGCGUCUUUUCAGGAUUUGCCGGUCUUUUUCCAGUUCCCGACUUUGUUGUCCGAGGAGUGAUCUCCGUCAGGGGCGUUCAUGGCUGCCGUUGCCGUCGAAUCAUCUGAGAAGCUCGCGAACCUUAAAACUGCAGUCGCGGGGCUCGGUCAGAUCAGCGAGAGCGAGAAGUCAGGAUUCUUAAGCCUCGUUUCACGUUAUCUCAGUGGCGAGGCACAGCAGAUCGAGUGGGAGAAGAUACAGACACCCACUGAUGAGGUGGUUGUCCCUUAUGACAGCUUAGCACCUCUUGCUGAUGGUCCUUCAGAAACCAAGAAGCUUCUCGAUAAGCUUGUCGUUCUGAAACUUAAUGGAGGUCUGGGGACUACAAUGGGGUGCACUGGUCCUAAGUCUGUGAUUGAAGUGCGAAAUGGACUAACCUUCCUUGAUCUGAUUGUGAUGCAAAUUGAGUCUUUGAAUAACAAGUAUGGAUGCAAUGUGCCCCUUGUUCUGAUGAAUUCCUUCAAUACACAUGAUGACACACUAAAGAUUGUGGAGAAAUACACAAAUGCCAACAUUCAGAUUCAUACUUUCAAUCAGAGUCAAUAUCCUCGCCUUGUAGUGGAAGAUUUUCUUCCAUUGCCAUGCAAAGGCCAAGCAGGCAAAGAUGGAUGGUACCCUCCUGGCCAUGGCGAUGUUUUCCCCUCCUUGCUGAACAGCGGCAAGCUUGAUGCAUUUUUGGCACAGGGCAAGGAGUAUGUCUUUGUUGCCAACUCUGAUAACUUGGGAGCUGUUGUUGACUUAAAGAUCCUCAAUCAUUUGGUAAAGAACCAGAAUGAGUACUGCAUGGAGGUGACCCCAAAAACCCUUGCUGAUGUUAAAGGUGGUACGCUUAUUUCCUAUGAGGGCAGGGUUCAGCUCUUGGAGAUUGCUCAGGUCCCAGAUGAACAUGUCAACGAAUUUAAGUCCAUAACAAAGUUCAAAAUCUUCAAUACCAAUAACCUAUGGGUGAAUCUGAAGGCAAUUAAGCGACUUGUUGAAGCUGAUGCACUUAAAAUGGAAAUCAUUCCAAACCCUAAGGAGGUAGAUGGAGUUAAAGUACUUCAGUUAGAAACAGCAGCUGGAGCAGCGAUACGGUUCUUUGAUCGUGCAAUUGGUGUCAAUGUUCCAAGAUCUCGGUUCCUUCCAGUGAAGGCAACAUCAGAUUUGCUACUUGUCCAGUCGGAUCUUUAUACUGUGGUUGAUGGCUUUGUGACUCGAAAUGAGGCAAGAACAAAUCCAGCAAAUCCAACAAUUGAGCUAGGGCCAGAAUUUAAGAAGGUUGGGAACUUUUUGAAAAGAUUCAAGACCAUUCCUAGCAUCAUUGAGCUUGAUAGUUUAAAGGUGUCUGGUGAUGUAUGGUUUGGUGCUAACGUGGUAGUCAAGGGAAAUGUGAGCAUCAUUGCUGAAGGUGGGGAGAAACUGGAAAUCCCUGAUGGAGUGGUCAUUGCCGACAAGGUCGUCAAGAGUCACGCUGACAUCUGAAGAGCUUACGAUGAGCAACUUUCUUCACUCCAGUCACAUGCCUGCUAUUCCUCGUCACCCAUGUAGAGUCCUGUCGUUUGCGAUUUGCCAUUCCAUCUUUCUGGAGGCUGAUGAUCUCCCUUUAGCCUUGAUCUAUGUCUACGGACUUGUUAUGAUAUAAGUAGACCGAGCCAUAUGAAAUUUUGUUCAAUAAAAUUUUGACCUUAAUGUCAUUAUUUAGUCUUGAUGGGGUUUGCCUUUA